GGGAUUGGCCGGUUACGGUUAAAGACACUCCCCGUUCACGGGCGAACACUCUUGCUCAACCGCAAUCCUUCCGGUCUCCACUGUUAUGUAAAAUACCCGAUUCUGUUCUCGAAAGUUGACGUUGUAGUUGACUUGUAGUUGUAAACCGAGAUAUUUUGAGCUUCGUUGUUGGUUUGUUUACGGUAUCACGGGACUAAAGGGCGCGCGAUGGUGCUGAAAUCAGAAGACGGUGUCGUGCCUGACGACCUCACGCCUGAGGAGCAGAAAGAGCUGGAAAACAUCCGCCGGCGAAAGCAGGAGCUGCUGGAUGACAUUCAGCGUCUGAAAGAUGAGAUCGCCGAAGUGACCAGUGAGAUCGAGAACCUGGGUUCCACAGAGGAGAGGAAAAAUAUGCAGAGGAACAAACAAGUGGCAAUGGGCCGCAAGAAAUUCAACAUGGACCCCAAAAAGGGGAUCCAGUUCCUCAUUGAAAACGACCUUCUGAAGAACACCAGUGAAGACAUCGCACGCUUCCUCUACAAGGGUGAAGGUCUUAACAAGACCGCAAUAGGAGACUACCUGGGAGAGAGGGAUGACCUCAAUCUCCAAGUCCUUCAUGCUUUUGUGGAGCUGCAUGAGUUCACAGAUUUGAACCUGGUUCAGGCUCUCAGGCAGUUUCUCUGGAGCUUCAGGCUUCCUGGUGAGGCCCAGAAGAUCGACCGAAUGAUGGAGGCGUUUGCGUCCCGCUACUGCCAGUGCAACCCCGGCGUCUUUCAGUCCACAGACACAUGCUACAUUUUGUCGUUCGCCAUCAUCAUGUUAAACACCAGUCUUCACAACCCAAAUGUGAAGGACAAGCCCUCAGUGGAGCGUUUCAUCUCCAUGAACAGAGGCAUUAAUGAUGGAGGAGACCUGCCAGAAGAUCUGCUCAGGAAUCUGUAUGACAGCAUCAAGAACGAGCCCUUCAAAAUCCCUGAGGAUGACGGCAAUGACUUGACGCACACUUUCUUCAACCCGGACCGAGAGGGCUGGCUGCUCAAACUGGGAGGACGUGUCAAAACCUGGAAAAGACGGUGGUUCAUUCUCACAGAUAACUGCCUUUACUACUUUGAGUACACUACUGAUAAAGAACCACGAGGCAUCAUCCCCCUGGAAAACCUCAGCAUCCGUGAAGUGGAGGACAAGAAGCCGAACUGCUUUGAGCUCUUCAUCCCUGACAAUAAGGACCAGGUGAUCAAGGCCUGCAAGACGGAGGCGGACGGACGGGUGGUUGAAGGAAACCACACCUUCUACCGCAUCUCUGCUCCCACCAUCGAGGAGAAGGACGAAUGGAUGAACAGCAUAAAGGCGGCCAUCAGUAGAGAUCCCUUCUACGAGAUGCUGGCAGCGAGGAAGAAGAAGGUCUCCUCUAUGAAGAGACACUAGAGCUGCUCAGGACGCUGUCGGUACAGAUUCAGGGCUGCUGGGACAACCAAACCAGACUGGAGCAGCGAGGGCAAACCUUGCUAGACUUUGCACCUCUUUUUAAAAGUCUUCUUGCUCAGCUCAAGUACGCGCGUGUGUGUGUGUGUGUGUGUGUGUGUGUGUGUGUGUGUGUGUUGGAAGGAAGUCAGUGCUUUUUUACUUGCUGCUGCUGCUGCUUCCUUGAAACCCCCAAAGAGAACAUUUUUCCUCACGCUUAACCAAAACACGCUCUUCCUCGCUCUGUCCUCUCUCUGUACCUCUCGUCUCUUGCACACACACACACACACACACACGCACACUCUUGCAUCUUCUGAAAUCAGCAGGUCUGACAGAAUGUGGAAAACCAAACGGACGCUCCUACACGCAUCGGAAAAAGGAAGAUUUCCUUCAUGCUGAUCAUAUGUACAGGCUAUUUUCUUCUUGCACAAGCAUUUUAGUCCUCAGAGGUUUAUUUGAGUGUAUAAUUGUAAAAAAAAAACACAUUUUCCAAGAGACUUCUAUCAUUUGCAAGGGAAUUCCAAGUUUGUAGGGAGAUUGGGAUAUCACCCGAGAUUUGUUAACAGAUUGAUUUGGAAACGUCUCUUUAUUUUUGCAGCGUGUCGUUCUGCACACGUAAGCUGAAAGACUGGAUGGUGGCCAGCUGAGGAUUAUGGGAUAUCAUGCAUUGGUACUACCUCUCAGACAGACAGGACGGUUAUUAGCAGAUGGGUUUUAGUUUGCGUGAGGUCAUCAUCGAGUGUGUGGACCUUCAAGUAAAACGCUUUUAAUAAAAUGAAUAAAUGUGCCUACACACGUCAGAAGUCCUCCGGAUGCUCCAGUGCCUGCUCGCGUUUCUCCUUCCUUUCCCGGGUUUCCAUCGGUCUUGCAGUUAUUCUUCAAGCAACAUGUUAAAUCUAAGCAGUAUUGGUUUAAUUUAUCAAAGAUGUACAUACUUUAGUGUAUAGAGAAUAUCGGUUUGCAUUUGAUAAGUGUGUGUACUGUAUGUAGCAGUAUUGUACUAGUCGAGUGCCAUUUUCUUCCUUUUUUUUAUGUUCUGGAGGUCGAUACCAAUGUAGUGGUAGCCAGAUCAAGCUGAAAUAAAGACAUUAUAGCAGC